GGCGACGGUGCAAACAAAUGUGACCCAGUUUUAGACCAGAUUAUUGUGCACAAUAAACCAGUUGGUUGAUCUAAAUCCGAUAAAAUUACUGUGGUGUUGUGGGUUUUAUGGUUUUUUGUUUCUGCGGACUAAGACGGUUCUAAUUGUCAGCCCAGAUCUAAUCGUUCGCCUCCUUAAGUGUGCUUCAGUUGUACUUGUAACGUUAACUGCGUUGGCUGCUUUCCAAAGAAGCCAGAAAACAUCCAACCAUAUGUGAUAUACGUAAGUUUGAGCUGGAGCAUUUUCUCCUCUUUUCGAUGGAUUUUGAACACCCAUUCGCAUAAGGAUGGAGUAUGCCUCCACCGGGGUCUGGAGUAGCGAUCAGACUGAUGAGAUGAUGCGAAUGGGGACGGCCACAACCAGUCAUGGCUUGCCAUCGUCAUCCUCCCGUGCGGACCCAUCCGAGCGUGUCAAGCUGGAUUUUCAGGAGGCUAUGCGCUCCUUCCAGCACAUGUUCCCGGAAGCGGAUGAGGAUGUCAUUGAACAAGUGCUGCGCGCUAAUAAUGGCGCCGUGGAGAAGACCAUUGAUGAUCUCUUAGCGAUUUGCUCGGAUAAAGACAACGCCGCCGUGGAGACCGACCGCAGUGGUGGUGCAAGUGACAGUCAGAAACCUCCCCCUGUGCCCAGCCGACGACCGUAUCAGAGGAAGGUGUCUCGGUGGAAUCCGCCGCUGGUGGGGCCCUUACCAGAUGAUUUUCUUCGGAUUGUGCCAUCGGAACCGGUUCGGAUGCCAAUUCAUAGCGACCCGGAACCGCGGAAGAGUUUAUUGAACGUUAAACAUGUCAAAGACCCGAAGAAGUCGUCAUCAACGACAAAAAAUCAAAAUGCAAAACCAAGCGCUACCGGCUAUUUUGUUACGGAAUUGGGGAUGAGCGAAAAAAGCGAUUCUUACCUUGAACAGCUGAAGCGUGAUCUGGACCAUGAUGACGAGCUGUUGUCAUCGUUGCAGAAAGGUGAAAAACCAGAAAUUGGAUGGGAUAACAGUGCGUUUUCGACAGCUGACGCACUCGGCUCAUCAUCCGCCACCAGUGCAGCAGCUCCUGCCAGCGUUCGAUCUCCCGACGAUCCAAACGAUCCUCAAAAUAAGAAUAAAUGGAAUAUGGGUGCAGUGUCAAAGCAACGGUUUAACCUCUUUGGCAAACAGUUCUCACUGGGAAAAAAGAAACCCAAGGCGCUGGCGAACAAAUCCAAUGCCUACAAUCACCUGGUGGAAGACAACAACAGUCUGGUGUCGGAUGACGAGGAGGAGGACGAUCAUCUAACGGAUAGUGUAACGCAUGUGCGGAUGGAUCGGAAAUUCUCGCAGGGAAGUUAGAAAUUCCACCGCAUGCACGGUGUGGCUGUUAAACUGAAUCGCUUUCUCAUUGCGUAGCGGUUAAAGAGUUUUCUUGUAAAUAUAUUUUAAUACUCUCUCUUCCAUGAUGGUCUACUGCGGCUGCUGCUUUCUGAUUUUCUUAUUCUCGGUGCUCGUCUGUUUUAAUUGUCAAGGAUUUAAAACGUUAAUCUUUUAUUGUGUACAGCUCUGAAAUCUGUUUUCAUGUUCUGCGAGUUUUAAUUUCUUGCGCGGUAUUUCACUUUCUUGCAUGUCUGAGUUUGCAUAAAAAUAAAAUGCUGUGAAA